AUGUCAUGCUCCGGCCACACCCCGUUUGGCAACCCCUACUUAGUCUUUAGACGCCGAAGCGAGGUUGAACCAACCUCAGUCGAAGAGUUGAUGGAGCCUUUGCCCUCCGAUUAUCUUCUAGAGAAAGCCAAUUAUUUACUGCGAUCACUGCAAGUAGAUGGCAAGGGCAAUAAUGUACGCCGUAUGUCAAAAUACGAGAUAUCUGCGCUCAUUAGGCAAGAAGCGCAGUCGAGUACUGUGUCUGUCGAACGAGCGGUUGUGACAAGGAAACUCAAACUAGAUCGGGAAAGACGGCUGUCUGGUGCCAGCUUACCUAGACUGGAGGCUACCCCAGGAGCUCUAGACGGUAAAGAAAUCCUUGAUUUCUCCUCUCUUUCUCCGUCCUCGACACCACAUCAAACCUUUCCUAUCCUCGAGGCAUUGUACAAAAUCGAUCGGACCCCAUACGAGUCCUCUUUUCUCAGCAGGCACCACGGCAACACAAGUCAUCAGAUGGACAAGGUUCUGGCUUUCGAUUACGAGACGAUUUCACCUUGGAUGGCCCUGAUGGGGGACCUGAGGGAACACUAUAGGCUCCUGCACCCCAAUCGUCGCCAGCCCUCGGAAUCUGUAGCCCCGAUUGUCUAUUCAUGCCUUCGGGAGUGGCAUCUCGAUCAGGUCCAUGGCCUUCUGCACCAAAUGUUUUGGGCGGGGAUCAGCGUAAGCGACUCGCUCGAUUACUCGCCUGAGCGCUGCACUGUGGUGGCCUGCUACAAACGCUUGGUCGUUGGGGUCGCCAUAUUGAGCUCGCCUCAAGAGACAUACAUAACUUAUUUAGCCGUGAAGACUGGGUGGGAGGGUUCGAAGAUAGCUACGAAUAUGCUGUACCACAUCAUCUCAAUGAAUCCGGGCAAAGAUAUAUCUUUGCAUGUUUCGGCCAACAACCCCGCUAUGCUGUUGUAUAACCGCUUCGGUUUCAAGGCCGAAGAGUUUAUCGUAGGGUUCUACGAGGAUUACCUUGACCACCAAUCGCACGCAUCUAAGAACGCUUUCCGACUGAGGUUGAGGCAAGGCCAUAGGACCUGA